GGCGUUUCACUUUUCCUGCGUCUGGGGAGCCUCUGAGGCUAUGCCCUUUCACCUUUGACAUGUGUGCAGCUUCUGCUUCUCCAGGAGAUUAGAAAAAGUGAAUUGCACGCCGGGCUCAGUGACUCAGCCUGUAAUCCCGCGCUUUGGGAGUCCGAGAUAUGGAAAACAUGAAUAAAAGAGAGCAACCAUUCAUGACAAUUCAGAAAAAUCAUAGCUCAGAUAAUCUGGUAUUCUGCAUGAAAAAUGGAAUGAGAAGCACCAAGUAUAAGCCAGUAAACUAUCAGCAAUUGCAUGCAUUAACUGAAGCAAAAAAAAUAGCAUCUGCCUCGGGAGAGCUAAAGAUCAGAAAAGCAAUGCAGACUUCAAAGAUAUCUAAAGAACAAACACUAAUAAAACAACACAAGCAAGUGUGGUGGCAGGAACACCAGAGGUUGAAUGCAGUCAGAUGUAAAAUGGAAUCUGAAAUAAAGUCCUUUCUCAAUGAAGAGAACAUUGGAAAUGAAUGUUUUUGUGACCUCAAGAAUUUUGAACAAGUGUUAUCAGAACAAUGGUGCACAUAUCUUAAAAAUGUGAUAAAUCCUAUUCAGCAGUUGAGAGAAGAUCUAAAGUACAGACAACAUCAUACUUUACAGCGUUCACAUCCACACAUUGAGUUUAAUUCUGUGAAAGUACUGGAAGAGGUUGACUUUGUGAAGAAACAAUUGAAAACUGUUUUUGAAAGACUUAGCCUGGAGCAACAGAAAAUAGAAAAUAAUCUUUCAGACUGGAGCAUGAUAAUACUAGAUCAUUCUUCAGAAGAAAGAACUAACUUGCUUAGUGAACUGCCUAUGGAAAUAGAAAUUUUGGAGUGUCCGUACCCUGAUCUGAAAUCUUCAAUCCUUAGUGAAUUCUGUAACUUUGCAGAGAAAUAUCAAAAGAAACUUCAAGACUUUGAUUCGCAGUUAGCAGACAUAUACAGAAACUGCCAACUGAGUGAUGAAGACCACUGGAUUUAUCAGGUUAUUUUGAAUCAGUACCCCGGAGAUCUCACUGGCAGAAGGACUCUGUAUCUAGACAUGUUACAAAGAUAUUUUCCUCACAAAUCUAGGCAUGAUUUGGUCAAACAUGAGAAAUAUUGUGACCAAUAUCGCUUUGCUAAGGAGCAGCGAAAGAUCCUGAUAUCAAAUUGGAAUAGAAAUAGGAAGGACUUUAUACAGAAGGCUGUGCUGACCCUCCUUGAGGCCUGUGCAACUCAUGAAACAGAGAGCACCCUAGCUAAGGACAGGAAAAAGCAGCAGGAAUUAUGUGCUGAUCUGAAAGCCAAGGUUCUUCAGUGGCGAGCCCAACAGGAAGAGGUGGCAAGACUGGAAAUGGAAAUUUCUGCCAGAAGAAGAGAAAAGCAAAAGGAGAAAGAGAAAAUGUGGAAAAAGAAGGAAUUGUUGCAAAGAGAGGAGAAGAAAAAACAAAUAAGAAAAUACUGGGCUAAAAAAGAACAGAAGUGGCAAGAAAUGGAAAUGAGAGAUCUUCAGCGUCUAGAAGAACUAAAGAAAUUAAUGGCUGAACAGUCAGUAAAAGACAGAGAAAGGGUUAAAUAUAGACAAGAAUUACUGGAAAAGCGUUUGAUGGACAAAAAAGAAGCAGCCGUUCAAGAAGCUCAUGAAGAUGAAGAGAGAGUGCAGCGGCUGGAAGCUCUUAGGAAACAGGUUGCUGUUGUUGCUCAAUCGGAUCCUGUUAGAAUGAUGUCAGACACAAUGGCAUCAAAAGCUAAGAUGGGUAUUGAAAUUGAGGAAGAAUUUAUUCUUCAAAAGCCACUCUUCACAUUGAAUACAUAUAAUGAACAGCAGAUAAUUGCUGAUCCUAGACUUCGCUUUGAGUUAGCACUUCGAGAAGCUGGACUUCAUAAAACAUUUUAUGCCAAAGAGAUACUACCCAAAAUCAGUCCUCAAAAACCUCCAAGAAAGGACAUGGAGUCUACUGUAUUUAAAAUAUAGACCUCAUCCUCAAAUCCUAUUAUAUGUAAACAAAAUUUUUUUUAGAAAACAUUUAUGUGGAUAAUAAUUAUUACUUUCUAAGUAAUAAUUUAUAAUUAAUAGUGAUAAUUUUAAAUGUCAGACAUAGAAAUCAUAACAGUUAUUAAAACAACUUUGUCUUUC